GUAGCAAUGUCGAGUAUUGUAUCAGAAAACAAAGCUCUCCGGUUUGGAGUUAUAGGACCUGCUGGGUUUGGCGGUUCAUAUCUCUGUCUCGAGCUAAUCAAUCGAGGUCAUCAUGUCGUGGGAAUAUCGCGAAACCCGGGCAAGCUAGGAUCACACGAACGCUACACGUCGAUUUCUGCCGAUGUCUCUACGCAAGGCAUCAAAGAGCUUGCACUUGUAUUUGAGAACCUAGAUGUGGUGGUGAACGAGUAUGGCCCACAUUCCGCUGGAGCUGACGCCCUGCAGUAUAUGCCGUACCUCGAGGUCACUCGCAAAAUCAUUCUCGCUAUCAAAUUAGCGAAAGUCAAGUAUUUCAUCAUGGUGGGAGGUUGUGGAAGUCUACUCAUGCCUGGGAACAACUAUGAAAGUGUUUUGGAAAACAAGGGCUGGUGGCUCGCAUACAGGCGUGCAAUAGCUGACAGCGAAGCCCACACCUCGUAUAUGGAAGAAAGACUUGGACCCAUGGGAACUGGGUUGCGCAAAUACAGAAUUGCGCGUCUCGCUCAGCGAACUGGAGAGGGAACGGCAGAGACCAAACAGAUUAUCGAGGACUAUGAGGGAUACGUUCGUCGCAACGACCGAGCAUUGGAAUUUAUUACUGGCUGUCGAACAAGCUUCAUGUUUUUUGAUGGGAAUACGUCCUUCCGCUGGACCUUUGUCUCGCCGUCGGCUUUGUAUCGUCCUGGUAAAAGGACUGGGAACUUCGAAAUACGUUUUGAUGAGUUGCCCCUUAAGGGGGAUGAGAAGGAUCCAACAAAUCUUGACGAUCGAUUACACGGAAUCUCUGCUGCCGACCUUGCAAUUGCGAUUGCGGACGAGGGAGAACUUCAGACAAAGUGUUGGAGACACUGGUCUGCAUUUGCCGAUUUGGCUGAUGACACCCCCACCCCCAGCUAUGUUACAUUGAUUCCAAGCUCACAUAUUUAA